AUGGCGUCCGUCGCCGCAUGGCUGCCGUUCGCGCGCGCCGCUGCCAUCGGCUGGGUACCCAUAGCCACGCACCCACUUCCUCCCCCACCCGUCCCCAAGGACCGCAGACGCGCCGAGGACGAGAAGCUCCUCAUCAAUGUAUCAGGACGACGUUUCGAAACAUGGAGGAAUACUCUCGAGAAAUAUCCAGACUCCCUGCUCGGAUCGUCCGAGAGGGAAUUCUUCUACGACGAGGACAGUCGGGAGUACUUCUUCGACAGAGAUCCAGAUAUAUUCAGACAUAUACUCAAUUACUACAGGACUGGGAAGCUUCAUUACCCAAAACAUGAGUGUUUAACUGGUUAUGAUGAGGAGCUCGCGUUCUUUGGUAUCCUGCCGGAUGUUAUUGGCGAUUGUUGUUACGAGGAUUACAGGGAUAGGAAACGUGAAAAUGCGGAACGUUUGAUGGACGAUAAACUUAGUGAAGCGGGAGACCAAAGCCUUCCUCAGCUUACGGACUUAAGGCAGAAGAUGUGGAGGGCGUUUGAGAACCCUCACACAUCUACAGCCGCUCUAGUAUUUUACUAUGUGACUGGAUUUUUCAUUGCUGUCUCGGUGAUGGCCAAUGUUGUAGAAACCGUUCCGUGCGGGCACAGACCUGGUCGAGCGGGUACUUUACCUUGUGGAGAGAGAUAUAAGAUAGUAUUCUUUUGCUUGGACACGGCCUGCGUGAUGAUAUUCACGGCGGAGUACCUGCUCCGACUGUUCGCUGCACCAGAUCGUUGUAAGUUCGUGAGAUCUGUCAUGUCAAUUAUUGACGUGGUCGCGAUCCUGCCAUACUACAUUGGCUUGGGGAUCACAGACAACGACGACGUGUCGGGCGCGUUCGUGACCUUGAGAGUGUUUCGAGUGUUCCGUAUCUUCAAGUUCUCGCGGCACUCGCAGGGUCUUCGGAUUCUCGGGUACACGCUCAAGUCUUGUGCCAGCGAACUUGGCUUCUUAGUAUUUUCUCUAGCGAUGGCCAUUAUCAUCUUCGCCACUGUCAUGUUCUACGCUGAGAAGAACGAGCAAGAUACGAACUUCACUUCCAUUCCUGCUGCCUUCUGGUACACCAUUGUGACCAUGACCACACUCGGGUACGGUGACAUGGUGCCCGGAACGAUUGCUGGUAAGAUCGUGGGUGGCGUUUGCUCCCUGUCUGGUGUGCUGGUGAUAGCUCUACCCGUCCCUGUUAUCGUGUCCAACUUCUCAAGGAUCUAUCAUCAGAACCAAAGAGCUGACAAGAGGAAGGCCCAGAGGAAAGCUCGUCUCGCGCGCAUUCGUAUUGCCAAAGCAUCGUCUGGCGCAGCAUUCGUCUCUAAGAAGAAGGCGGCAGAAGCUCGUCUUGCUGCACAGGAGUCCGGCGUGGAGUUAGAUGACGCUGGAAGGGAUGAAGAUAUUUUCGAAUUGCAGCAUCAUCAUCUAUUACGAUGCUUGGAGCGUACUACGGAUCGGGAGUUCGUAGAAAUGGAGAAUCCGUACAAUGGUGCAGCUAAGCGGCCUGGCUCACCGUCACCGCUCGCGUCGCCCGCGCACUCCGGCCGAGCGCCAGCUCUGCUCGCGUGCUGCGCUCGAUGCGGAUGCUGCCCUCAAAAAUAUCAGCAAGCGUGUGGUAAAUACAUUCCAGCGGGGAGCACAGUACAGGGUAACCAGACCGGUGUGGCAAUGGACGGUACCUAUCUCGUCGAAGCAUCCUUCUAGGAUCCGACAACUAGCGCUCAUGUUGAGAGCUAUGUGUGAACAUGACUUUACCAUGGACUGUGUUUCCAUGGAUAUCAUGAAAGACUAUCGCGCAAAUCUGAUAGCAAUUACUAUGAUACGUGUAUUAUCUUGUUAAUUUUAACACGAUACUGCCUAAUGUUUAACUGAUAUCAUGUUUGUAUGUGUUAAUCUAAUGGAGACCUCAAAAACACAUGCUUCCAAAUAUCAUCUCAUGAAUGUUUAAUGCGAUAAUAUUUACGUCCACACAUGUUUUUGCAUUAUAUAAUUAUGUUUAUCUUUCUCGAGGGUGAUGAUAUAUUUUUUUAUGAUGUGUUAAUGACGUGUAUGGGUGGCAUUAUUCAAAUGGAAUAAAACCGCCCAUUCAUGACAUCGACAAAACGUCAAUUUAUAAUAAAUAGUUUGGAAUUUUAUAUUUAAAUAUGACAGUUUUGUGUAUGAAGUACUAUGAUAUAUCAAGGCUAGUGGACUGUAAAUUAGUGUGUAUCAGAAACGUUAGAUUAUAAAUAACAAUAUGAACACACUAAGAUACCUUUACUCAUACAUGUGUGCUCCACAGGUCUCCAUUAGAAUUUAAUAUCUAUCCCAUACGUGGUUUCUUUUAUUCGUAUACCUAGUUAUAAAACAGUAUUAAUAAGGUUUUUAAUAAUAUUAAUAAGGUGUAUGAUUGGAUCGAAUCUCGCCCGUGGGGCUACAAGAUUUUCCGCUUCCGAAAAUCGUUAGAAAAAGACAAAAAUUAGUUUUUUGAAAUUUCAUUCUAGUCAAUAGUUGAAAUCAUAUCAAUAUUGGUAACAGAAAAUUAUUAUCUUAGCUAUUUCUGAAAUUUGAUUUGAUCCACUAGGUUACUAGUGCCUUCAAUUACUCAUUAAACUGUAAACUGUUACUCUGUGUUAGUGAAAGAUAGAAAAUAGAUAUUCUUGUAUAAAAAUAAUAAAGAGGCGUUAUAGGUACGUAGCACUGUGAUCUUAUCUGUAUUUAUUAGUUUCCCAAUUAGACCCAAAUGGGGUCAAUCUAUACUUAAUUGACCCAAAGGUCAAAUUCGGAAUUAUCACCAUAACCAUUAGUGCUAAUUCUGGUGUAUAUAAUCACAUAAGUAUUUAAGCAGGAUUUAAAAAAUAGCUCUCUUUUUUAACCCCGCCCAUAAGAAAGAGAUAGCAGUACGUUUGUUCGUGCUUAAUUAAAUUUGAGAUUGUAUACAAAAUAAUUACCGCUACUGAUUGUUAUAAGCGUGAAUAUAAUACUCAUAAACGUUAGUAUGAACGUGAUAUCAUAGUUUGUGCUACGUGUCUAGUACAUUGCGGAGUAUCGUCAACUAUUUUCGAUUUAUGACUGGUUGAAUCGCGCAAUGAAUUUUAAACAAUGAAAUUUUAUGAUUGGUUUAAAAUGUAGACCCUUACCUUCUAGUUGAUGUCUUAUGAUUGCUAUAGGUAAAGUGUUAUGUAUAGAUACAUGAAUUUAUGUGGUUAAAAAUAGAUAUUUACUUGAAGAUAAACGUUAAAAUUGUAGAUAUAAGAUAUAAUUAUUAAGUGUGUGUUGCAUUGAAUGCAUGUUUUAAUAUCCGAACGUUGAGAGACAACGUCCCUGACAGGUCAAUGAUCGGAUGACUUUGAAGGGGCGAAGAAUUUACGAUAAAAAAAUUUAUCAUCGUUUAUUAGCUCCACAUUCUACCGCAAAACAGCAGUUCUUGUUAUUGUUGCGUUCCGGUUUGAAGGGUGAGUGAGCCAGUGUAAUUACAGGCACAAGGGACAUAAAAUCUUAGUUCCCAAGGUUGGUGGCGCAUUGGCUGUAUAAGCGAUGGUUGACAUUUCUUACAAUGUCAAUGUCUAAGGGCGUUUGGUGACCACUUCCCAUCAGGUGGCCCAUAUGCUCGUCCGCCUUCCUAUUCUAUAAAAAAAAAAAACUAUCGAAUAAUAUCAUUAUGACAAGUUACAAUUUUAACUAAUAAUAACUAUAAAACAUAACAUAACUUUUUUUUUAAUAUUCAUUGUAACAAUUUUAUGUAAAAUGUUCAUUUUUGUAAUGUAUCUCUAGUUAUGGUCAACUGUCAGUAGUGUCAAAUGUCAAAGUGUCAGGAGCGUAUUCUCUCAGCGGCCGGAAUUUAGUAAAAAAAAAAAAACGUUUUUCGCAGAUAAUAAAUAAUUGUGCAUGAAUUAUAAUUGACAUAUGUAUAUUAAAAAAAUAACAUUGGAUGAAUCGUUAGUUUUUUGAUAAAUCGUGUAUGAAUCAACCGUUGAUAAAUCUGUGAGAAACUUGAAUACAUAGUAGUAAAUUAUAUAAGCCGAAUUCGAUGUUGAAAGAUCUCUUCCAAAACUAUUGCCACCUUUUUCUAUUAAAAUUUAAUGAAUUAAAUUUGGUAAAUAAUUGAAUGUUAAUGUUUAAGAGACGGUUAAUAGUCAUUGAAUUCUUCGUAAAUUAAAGAAUCGUAAAUAUUAGUGAAGUUUGAAUCUUUUUGAUAAUCGUUGAAUAUUCUUCAUGAAGCUAUGAAUUUAAUUUGAAUAGAGAAUAAUGAAAAUGGAAUAUAAAAUCGUUCCUUUUUUGAAAAUCCGUUGCGUUUGUAACUUUUUAUUAUGUAUUCCAUGAAGAAUUUUAAUAUUAAUAUUAUCAAUAAAUUUAUACGUUCUUUUUUUUAAAUUUAAAUCUAGUCAUAGAAUGCCACGAAUAAGUCCUCACCUACACAUAAUGAUACCAAAACAGGUAAUAAAUAUUAAUUUAGAUUUCUUUAAUACCACUAUUAUAAUAAUUUUAUACUAUUAAGCUCCUCUAUGAAUUCCUCCCUGUGAUUCUAUGGCUGUUUAAUAAUGUAUUAUAUAUGUAUAUAUAUAUUGUUAUUAUAAUUUAAUAUUUUCUUACGUUUAAAUGUUGAGUUUAUAGUAAUUGUUAUUGUUGUAACAUGGCCUAUGUAAGUAUGUAUACCUUAUAUAAUAUCACCGUGAGGAGUUCGUGAAAAAACCAUUUCUGUUUUGUAAAUAAAAAUCAAUUUAAUUAUCGCAUUAGGAUAAUCUAUUGUAUUUAAUGACGUUUUAUCUCUAGUAAAAUAUUUUUUGUUGAUAGCAAACUUUCAAUUAUUAAAUAUAUGUUGUCUGUAUGUCUCUUUUUAACAACAUUGCUAUCUCAACUUAAGAUAUAUUCACUGUCUCUCUCUGUCAUAUAAAAACAGAUUAUUCGUAAUGAUUACGGAUGUUGCCAGUUUUUUAAAUAAUAUCAUGUCUAUAGAUAGAACGUUAUUAAUUAGAAUACUAUUUCAAUUAUUUGGAGUAAUUAAUAAAUUAUUGGAGUAAUGUUAACAUUAUGAAAUUGAUGACACCAAAUUAUUUGCCAAAAACAUUUACAUUUUAAAACUUAUACCUAGAUCUUCAGAUAUUUCUUUGUAGUCAUGUAAAAUAAGUCAAUAAGUAACAAUAGCGGGCUAAUUGUUGUCCAAAUAUACAUGGUCAAAGACCAUUGCCAAUCUCGCGUGGGGUAAAUGGAACAACAUGUAUUAUUCCAAAUAUAUGCUGUAUGGGUCAAAACCUUUGCCUUUUCUAAGAUAAUAAAAAAAAAUGCGAAUAGCAAAUGAGUAGUUAAAAUCAUAAUAAAGGUACAUCUUAAGUAUUUAAAAUGAGAACUCAAAUUGUCAAAAACAUUUUCAAAAAACCAUCGUUUUAUAUAUGAUUGUGUUUCGUUUGUCAAUCAUCCCGCUGUUGCCAUCUUAAUGUGAAUUAAAAAAAAUUGUUUCAUUUCAAUUAUUAAGUUUUUUAAUAAUAAAUAAUCAUGGUACUUAUUUCAAUGUUUUCUAGAUAAUACAAAAUGAUCCUUAAAUAUGAAUUUUAGUUAGCGCACAUUAUAGAUUUUUAUCGAACGUAGUUUUUAUUUUGGGCUGUUUCUAUCUAUGAUAAAAUCGAUAAAAAUGCGCACACACAUUAUAAAUAACAAUGAAAUUAUAAAUGGAUAAUAAGUCUAUGAUGUGCAUUAGCUUUUAGAUUAACUAAACGUUGUAAUAUAAAAUAAAUCAAUUUGAAUGAUGUAAGAUAUUUGAACCGAGAUGUGUCGAUUUGAUUAAUAUUUUUGAGUGAUAAUGUGAUUGUGUUGGCUGCUAGUCACGAAGACGUUCUUUAAUAUACUAUGGAACUAUGUUACAAAUAUUUAAAUAUACCACAUAUAAGAUUAUAAUAUAAUCGCUUACAUUUGGAAAACGAUUUCAUACAUUUGACAGCUUCUACACGCGACUUGUCAAAUACUAUGUUGUCAAAACGUCAUGAUUCAACGUCAGAAUCUGUUUAAAUAUAUCACAUACAAGAUUAUAAUAUAAUCGAGUGUAACAAGAAAUCGAUUUCAUACUGUUUGACAGAUGACAGCACACGAAUUGUCGAACGUAAUUUUGUAAAACGUCAGGCAAACUGGAGUUGCAACGAAAAUUCUGCUGUCAUUGAGUAUUUAGUUUAUUUGACUGUUUAUUUUGUUUACUUUACAAAAUAAGUUAUUUUAGUUACUAUUACUAAGUAUCGUAUGCAAAUUAUACUGUAGACUAUUUCUAAUCCCUAUGUCCUGGGUUCAAGCCAAGGUUCGGUUUAUGAGUAGCGAUUGGGUAUUUCUAUCAAGAUGUUUAAAAAUUCUUAGUAGGAGCCCAUUUAUUUUGAGUAUAAAAGUCUUAAAAGUCCUAAUUUGGCAGUAAAACUAUUCAGUGUUAGCACUCCCGUGCCUCGGAAAACACGCAAAACCAGUUCAGCUUAUCAAAGUUAGAUAAUAAAGAGUGCACCUGUUUACUGGAACACUACACCUUCACCAUUUAUACCAUGGCUUUAAUAAACAAGUCACAGGACAUUUUUCAGGACUUACAAAUAUAGCAAUAUGCGUAAUAUAGAUUCGAGUUGUCUCUAAGUAAAUGUAAUAAUAUAAUUAAUUAAUAUAACCAAUAUGGAAGUUUGAUCGUUGCAACACUAGUUAAAUAGCAACCUGAUAUUAAUAUAAAUAAGUAAAGGGUUAAAAUAGACAUAGAAAGAGUUGUAAAAUAUUAUGUCAUUGAUAAUAAUUCAUUCUUAAAUUUUCCGCGUAUUAUAAAUAAUAAAAAUUAUAACAUAGUUUUUAAAAAUAAAUUAUUUAAACAUGCUCAAAUAAAAAAAGCAAUUUCUGACACCAAUUUUCACAUUGAAAAUGUGAAAAAUAUGUCACGUGCAACAAAUUUUCGUAAAUUUCAUUUCAUUUAACAAAAAUAUACUGACAUUUUGAGUUUUUGAAAUAAAAUCGUAAUAAUUAAAAACAUAUAAUUUCCAAUACUUAAAUUCAAGCUUUUAUUUGCAUUUUUUUUAAUUCGACUUUAAAAUAUUGAAGCUACACGUGUUCGUGAUAAGUACGCCUUAGUGUGUCGCAGGACCAAAGGGGAUGUUCUUUUGUAGGGUAAUAAGUAGAAUAAAGUAAUAUAACUCGUCAUGUCAAGGUUAGAUAAUUUUGUCAGAUCAAAAGUUAAAAGUGACAUUGCCAGUGAAGUCAUCUAUGAUCAGUGUUGGAAAACGGAUGAAUUUAGCAGAUUGGGUUACUAGAAUCUUCUAUAAAAUAUCGUUCGAUAUUUAAAAACCCUUUGAACAGCCUUUAAGUAUAUUUGAUGACUGGAUUUAAGUUAGCAUGAGUCUUAGGAUGGUUCCGAUAUUAUGCCCCUCUUGGUUACAAGUCGCCCGCCAACUUUUAUUUGGAUUUUCUUAUUCACCAUUAUAUUCUCAAAGCCUAGGGAAAAAGCCUAGAUUCUGAUUAUAGUCGUAGUCAAAAUGGCGACCAUUAAAUUAUUCGCUUUAAGCCCACCAAUGUUAAUGGCACACAAUCAUAAUUUGUAUAUUUUAUCCGCCUAGGACGGAUACAAAUAUUUUAUCAUUGAUAUUUUAUCUAUACACUUUUCAUUACGUAUUGGCCAUAAUUAGCAACUGGCUUUGAUGGCAUAUUGUGGUAAAAGAGCCUUACCACAACAUGCCUGCUUGGGCACCGAGAGACUUGGAAAUUAAUACUUACAAUAAAAAAUCCUAAAAAUUAUACCUAAUCGGAUGCUUACGUUAAUAAAUCCAUGUUCCAAAUUUCAGAUUUCUAAACUCAGUGUUACGGGACUAACGACUUUAUGAAUAUAGAUUCUCAUUCUUAUAUUAUUGAUAGUUCAAUAAUCCAUAUAAUUACAGUCCAUUACCACUUAGAUUCCUCAUCCCUUGGUUGACAAGGCAAUGACGGUGUACGGGUGAAGGAAAUCGUUUUUAUUUUUUAAAGUGCCAGUGUUUAUGGGCGAAGGUUGUUGAUUUGUCUUCCUAAAACAAAUUAAAUAAAUAGAUAGAAUAUAAUUGAAUUUCAUCUAAAAAGUUGAUUGUCGUUUACAAAAAAAAAAUGUUCGGAAUAUAGAAAAGUUUUUUAUAAGUCUGUGGUGUUAACCGAUUGUUUUUAGAUUAUAUUAUUUCGUUUAGUUUAUUUUAUUUUGAAUAAAAAAUGGUUGUCAAUAGUUAAAGAACUACUAUAAAGUUAAAUUAUAUAAAGACCUUUUUUGGGAAACAGUUGUUUUUAAAAUAUGCUAUAAAUAACAUUGCUUACAUGUUAAAGGCCAACUAACCAUCUACUACCAGAAAUAUAUACUUAGUAAUUAAAUAAACAUAAGUUUUGAAUUAAAAUAAACUAAAAUCGAAUAGUUUUUUGGCGUGAAAUGUCGUAAAAUCUUGAUCCUCUAUACCUAUCUCAUAAUAUAGGAAAUACAGGCCUCCAAAUACCGAGGGGCCUGGGCUGUCAGGGCCCUAAACAUCGAAGGGACUUGGUUAGAUGGCUGAAAUGUACUGAAUGAAUGUGUCUGUUUCACUGAAAAGACGGAUAUUUUAAUAAGCUGAUUCAAAUGUAAGACCUUCACAUCUCUGAAGCUCAAUAUGUUUUUAUUAUACUGUUAAUAUAUAGAUCAAUGUCCAAUACAUAAUAGCACAUAGAUUACUUUUAAUUAUAUAUAAUAAUAUAAGAAAUUAUCAUUAUUAUAAUUAUGUAACUAUACUUAAAGCGAUUUAAAGCGGUCGAUCGUUAAUGAAAUACCAUAUUAUUAUUAUUAUUAUUAGCUAAAAAUGUACUUUUUAAACUGGCAAUGUUGCAUUUUAAACAAAUGUGUCAAUGAAUUUUAACUAACUAUUAUAAUAAAUAAUAAUAUGUGAUACGAUUAUAUUUUUUUAUUAUAAAAAAACAACUUCAUUAUUUUAAAUAAUAAUGUUGAGUCGUAAUCCUAAGUAAUAUUAUUAAUAAAUGCGAAAUGGUGAUU